AUGAGGAACUUAGCAGCUGGGAUAAAAAGUCGAGAAGUUGUUUCUAGGAAGUCUUUUACCUUUUUGGAGUCUUUCAGCAUGCUGACGUACUCCUUUGAGAUCCUUGCUGGAGAAAGCAUUCCUGAAUUUGUGGGAAAACCUUGUCCAUUGACAACACUUAAGGAUGAUACAAAUAACUACAGUUCUGUUGUGUCCAGUACCUACACUGAUGCCACCUACACAGUAUCCUUGAUCAUGGCUAAAGAUGUCACCUGCAGUCGUCUGACACCAUUUACUUUACAAUCACCUACAGUAAAGGAGAGGAAAAAGAGCAGAGCUAAGACAGACAAACUGAACAGAGAAGUGGUGUGUCUGUUGGUAGGCUCCAAACUUCUGACAGAACUGAAACCACUGAAAGUGACUGAAAGACAGACAGCAGUGCUUGAAAUCCACCUGGUAAACAAAACUGUAAGCUUCACCUAGAAGUUCAAUGGGAAAUAGUUGAAGAGGGAUGAUAAGUAUGAAAUUAUUACAACUGACACUGAAUUGUCCCACACUGUGAAAAUUAAGGAUGUUCAGUCCAAUGACUUUAAAGAACUCACAUUUCGUCUCCGCCCAACUCUCCAGCCUGUCCAGGUAUCACAGAAUGGCAGCACAGCCUUCUGGUGUAUCAGCCACUCCUCUCGGUUUUGUGUCAUGAGCAAAUGUGCUGAGGGUACACUCUGUCCCUUCAUCCAGGUCAUUGGAGCUUUGUAUGACAUUUUCAACCAUGAAGUGUGUGACAUUCAUGCUCUUAACUGGGAUCUUGACAAGCUCCGUGUUGUCCUGAAUGAAGCAAAGGUAGAAGGACUAUAAAAAGAAGGCAAAUAGAUUACAGACUAGAAAAGGAUUUGGAUAGUGAAGCAGGGAGCCAUCCACAAAUUGAUCCCUGACAAACUGGGGAAGGAGCAUGAAGGGAGGUAAACAUUCAAAGCCAUGGGGGCAGAGUUGCCAAUGGAGAUAGCCACCUCAUCUCCUUACUAUUCUCAAGUUGUUGAAGAAUCUGAUCUUGAGCUUUUUGCUGCAUACAGCAUUACUGUGAAGACCAAGUGCACUGUAAGCAUCGAGGUGCCUGUCAGGGCAAAACCAAUGCCCAAGGUCAUCAAGGAUGGUAUUGAGGAAACAGAGGAGGAGAACAUGAUGAUGGAGAGAGACAAUGACUGUGUUACUCCCAAUCAAAACCCUGGUACCAGAUUCCAAGUGGAUGAUUUUCUGGAGGAUACAGAUGAGUUCUGCGUGAUAGCUGUGAACCCUGCAGACCCUGGACUUCCUAGACACAUACUGAAGACAUGAGCUGAGGACACCAAAAAGUGGAGAAAAUGAACAAAGACACCUAUCUCUAGUACCACUUACAGGAUGGAAAGCUUGCAGGAGAGACAAAUACUAAUUCUGACCAAGGCGUGAAAUGGAGCUGGUAUGGGAGAAGCAAUGGAGUUACAAGAAGGAAUUCUAGCAAUGCCACCUUCAGGUAAGAACUGCAGUAUUCAUCCAGCAGGAACUCCUAUGUGUCAGCUGUUACUUUCUUUUGUUUUUAACAUAUACCACAUUUUACUCAACAGACUGAAGAACGGCUUUACUUUUCUGUGCAAUCCCCACUCUCUUAAUUUUUUUUUCUCUCUUGGUCUGUUUUUCUUUUAUUCCCACCUCCCCAGGUUUGAUCCGAUUGUGAGGCUGAAGAGCCACAUGGUGGUUUGUGCUGGGACAUCACCACACAUUCAUACAUCCUUUCUUUCUGACCUGUACAAGGUUAUCCUCAAGACUAGUUAUGGAGAUGUCCUUUACAACAUUCAAAUGCAAGUUGCAGAUACACAGACUUACGGUGUCCUGCAGUGUGAUGUCAGUAAUGCCACGUGGUUCACAGACACAGAGGUCUACAGCAAUAAGUGUGUCACAAGCCUGCUCCCUGCUCUCAGGGACAAAAAACUUCUGAAUCACUGUCUGCAGAAUUUGCAGCAGGGGUGCUUUCCCUCUGGAUUCACAGGAGCAAUGGUACAUCUCCGCAGACAGAGUCAGCCUUUCCUGAUUGACAUCACUGGACCAUCGAUGGAAUAUCCUGGGAAGGUCUGUGCUUCCUGUUUCAUUGCCCCACUGAAGAACCACAACAUGAGUCAUAGCAACAACUGCGCCCUGAGCUGUGUUUUCAUCAGCAACCCCCACCUAACAGUGACCCUCUACAAGGGCAGCAUUAGCAUCACAUCCAAACCUAAGUUGUGGUUCACCUCAACAUGUAGCAUCUGUCUACUUAUGAUCCCUACAACUUGCAGCUGCAAGCUGAUCAUCUGUGGUAGGUCAGAUUUGUGGCCAUUGUGAUUUAUUUGGGUUGGUUCCCUCCAGACUGAGUAACCACAGAUUUCGUGUCUGAGUAUAGUUUACACCCUGCUAUUUUACGAGGGCAAGUGCACUUUUUGGGACUGGCACUGUGGCUCUGGGCCAGUGUGGCUCUCAUCCUUGUCCACAGGGGAUGAGAUUGCUCAAUCUGUAUGUCCUGGAGUUGAAGCUGCAAGGUCACAUUGUAAGAACUUUCCUAUCCAAAAAAAAAGAGCCUCACUCUCUGACUUUGUCGUCCUCUCAGAUCACCGAAAUUUGUCUUCAGUUGCUUGAAGGCAAUAUCACAUCCCUUAAAAUGGCAUAUUUGGCUAGCAGGCCUCAUGAAUUCCCUAGAUGGCUCAAAGGUAAAUAUGCCUAUUUCUCAGUCCCUAACCAGGCUUGCCCUGCACCUGUGCCAUACUUAGCACUUCCAAGCAGUCCACUGAUGCACUCUGAUAACAGCUUUAUGCUUCUUUUGGCUACUACAGACACCACACUGGGUAAAUCUGUUCUCUUCCUUUGUAAAACGGCAGGAUUUUGCCAACAUUGUAUGACAGUUAGUUAAAUUUCCAAGACACAAAAUGGAAGAAAAACAGACCCCCUCUCUUUUCCUUGUUUUGUUAAAGCUCCCACCCAGUGAAGCUUAAAUCCAGUUGUAACACAGAGCUUGGUUGCAGCUGGCUCAAACUGAUUGUGUGAGCCUGAACACUUCCAGGUGCAUGGGGUGAGGUUUUACCAACACUAACCCAUGACCCUCACAUGGCUUCCCGUGUCACCGUGCCCAAACUUAGAGCUUGCAGAGUGGUCUUGCAGUGUGUGCAGCAGUACCUGGAAAGAAACCGUGUCCUGUCAGUGUCAUCAGCCCCUGGCAAGCUCACCCUGCUUAGGGCUGAUUAACUAUAGAGCCUUUGAGGUUAAACAUUUGAGAGCAAGGAUUCUUUUAUCUGAAGUCGCUGAAGUAUGUUUCCCCUGUUCUCCCUUUCUAGAGAAAGGCCCUGGUGCCUCAGGCCUGUUAGUGUCUUCUGAAAGGGAACAAGAGAGAGGCUGCCAGGCACAGCUUGAAAUGAAGCUGAUACAGCACCAAUAAUGAGGGACUAUAUUUGGAAAGAUC